GCCGGUCUUUGUCUCAACGACAUUCAACGAUACGAUACCUUCGUGCUAACAGUUCCUGCCAGUUCCUGCGCGCUCUAUUCACCGAUAGCACGGUGCUCCUGCAACAGACUUGGAAUAGGCCGUGUAUAGCGUACGUAAAACACCGUGGACUUUGUUUUUGUAAUUCUAACCGCGACUUUAGACUCGGUGUCUCAGCGUUCGCCCGCGUGAGUCAUCCCGUCGUUGGCGAGUCGUUCGCACGCUGCCCGCCUGCUUCCCGCGCGAUAAGCAGCCGCCGCCGCCGCCGGCAUCGAGGUACUCGAGUGCGUCUCGUUGAGUCUCGUCUCUGCUCGUCGCACGUGCGGACGCGUCUCGGUCAUCGUCAGAUCUGCCUUAAUAAUUUUAAGAUUUUUCAGUCAGUCAUUCAGUUUGCUGUUUGCAGCAAAAUAUCAUUGUAGGAGUUAGGAGAUAAGAAAAUGGUCAUGGAGGCAUCCCCUUCUCCACAGAGCGUAGGGCGUGAAUUCGUCCGCCAAUAUUACACCUUGCUGAAUCAGGCUCCUGCUCAUCUGCAUAGGUUCUACAAUCAGCAUUCUUCCUUUGUGCACGGGGGAUUGGAUUCCAAUCGAGAAUCUACCCCAGCAAUUGGCCAAAAGCAAAUACACCAGAAAAUUCAACAACUAAACUUUCGCGAUUGCCACGCUAAGAUAAGCCAAGUCGACUCCCAACUUACUCUGGAAAAUGGAGUUGUUGUACAGGUAUCCGGAGAGCUGUCCAAUGCCGGUCAGCCGAUGCGCCGAUUUACGCAAACCUUUGUGUUGGCGGUACAAGCUCCCAAGACUUAUUAUGUGCACAACGAUAUCUUCCGCUAUCAAGACCUGAUAUUCCCCGAUGAGGAUGAAGCUGACGUAAGCGGUGCGGAUGGCGGUGAAAGCGGCGAGAGAGAGGUCGAGGAGAUCGGUCGAACCGAGCCUGAAGAAGAUGAACACCAGACGCAGGCGCAGCAACUGUCGGCUCCCGCUCCAGCAGCCGAGCAGCAAGCUCAACCAGCUCUUAUUCCAACGCAGCAACCGCCACUUCAGCAGCAACAGCCGAUGGCGUACUAUGCUGCGCCACCACAGCCACAUGUUCAUUCGGUCCUUCAACAAGUCCUGAACGGAACGGUGCACGAGGAAGUGAUCAAUCAGCAACCUCCGCAACAACAGCAGCAGCAACCGCCCCCGCUGCCUCCUGCCCAGCAACAUCAAUACAUAGCUGAGCCAACUGCGCCAUCCCAAUUCGUGCAGGAAGCAGAACUGAACGGAAGCAGCGAGCAACAGCAGCAGACGGGUGAGAAUGAGCCGCAAGCGCCAACGGAGGAGAGGAACGAGCAGGCUGAAACGGAAACCUUCACCGCGUCCGCGCAGGAGACCGAACCUGAGCAUCAAGUGGCGAACACUACUGUCAACAACAGUGGACCCAAAACCUACGCGAACUUGGUAAAGUCUUUCCCGAGUACUACUGGCGCUACUAGCCCUCAAGCUCCAAAAAUCUCCAUGUCUCCGCCACCAAUGACGAACCUACGCUUGGACGAUAGAUCGCCGUUGCAUCCGACGAACAACGGGCCAGCAUCCAUGUCCGUGUCCAACAACGUGUCUGCGGCUCAGCAGCAGAUGCAUCGAGUGGGCGGAAAUCAACCGCCGCAACAGCAACAGCAUCCACAGCAGCAACGCGUCCCGCGAGGAGGAUUGGUGCAGAGAGAUGGAGAACGACGUGGGACGAGACCAGGACAGUAUAGUGACGCUCAUCAGCUGUUUCUGGGCAACUUGCCGCACAAUGCAUCCGAAAAUGAUUUGCGCCAAGUAUUUGAACGUUACGGCAGAGUUGCUGAAUUACGCGUGCAUAGUAAAUCAAACGACAGGUGCAAAGGCCCUCAAGGCGGAAACAACACCACGCGAGUGCCUAACUAUGGAUUUAUAACGUUCGAAGAUCAACAGGUUGUGACUAAGGUGUUGAAUUCUCUGCCUAUCUAUUAUCCAGACGAGAGUGGUCAAAAGUUGAAUGUGGAGGAAAAGAAGGUGAGGCCUAGGAUGUCUAUGGAUGGUAGCGGUGGAAGAUUGAAUUCUGGUGACGGCGGCAUGCGUUCCAUGGGUGGCCAGCAACAACAACAGCAGCAGCAGCAACGUGGACCAGGCGGACCCGGAGGCGUAAUGAGAGGCGGUCAACAUGGGACACGAGGUGGACGCGGAGGAUUUUCACGGGGCGGUGAUGGUGGCAGAGGCGGUGGCGGUAUGCGGCAGCCGGGCAAUCCGAGCAAUCCCGGCUAUCAGAACCGUCGCUAAUACCGGCCAUAGUGCACACCAGUCAGGACGUCCUCUGAUUUCCCUUCUCUUGAACAAAAGUCACCGGUAUCACCAUAACGUCUGCCAUCCUCAAUUUGUGAAACAGAAUUCUGGACUAUUUCGUAUGCCACACGAUCUCGUCACCGGCAUAACGCUCAUACGCUUAAACAUCGCUUGUAACGUUCGUCAAGCAGCAACAGCCGAUAGAUGACGUAGCUCAAAAAAAAAGUACGAGACACGAACUCGAAGAUGGAGACGCGCCCGCGCAGCAUCGUCGACAUUUCGGACAUCGCGUUGCUCCCGCGAGAUCUCGAGCUCAGUGGUGUAUGUGUGUGUCCAAGUUUCACGGUUGGUGAAACCGACCGACGAUUUGUCGAUUCGAGUUCGUCCUUUGUACAUGGGCAAGCCUGCAGGACUGUGCGACGCUUCGGCACGCAGAUGGAACGCGAUUGCAAGUACACAUGUGCGGUCGUGCAACGAGCCCAGCAAUAGCUUAAACAAAAAACGCCGUCGAGUGUGGUAAAAACGCGCGAGAGAAUUCUAGUGAGUUGGGAAGAUGCGACGGAACGUGAUCUAAAAUCGGAGGGGAAAAUUGUGUCGAACUCUCUGCGAGGCUAUUUCCGAGUUACGCGUGAUUCAUUCGUCACUUCGCGUUUUCUUGGGCGAUUGAAGGGGAUAAAGGGACGACGGCGCAGCGGAUUCCACUCUCCGUACAUCGCACGACUCAUCGACGACCUAUUGAAACGAACGCGGAGUGCCGUUGCGACACGCGUAAUCUCGUAUGCUCUCGAGUCGACCGAUUGACCGGCUCGAUGGUAGCAUCUCGUUGUCGUACGCAAAGGAUCGGCAGUAAAACAGCAGUUGCAUCAAACGAAUCUCGUCGAUAACGAGUACAGAAUUCAACAAGACUGUGUCCUGAUUGCGACGGAAAAACAAAAGAAAAAAAGAGGAGAGAAGUUACGCGAUCCGGUUUCUGUUUCCCGAUACGACGUCUAACACUGUCCGAUCACCCGAUCGAUCUAACGUUAAUCGCGAAGAGGACAAUACCUCUAGACUGCAGCAGCUGGUUUCACCGUUUCCUCCUUCCACUCGUAUACCAAGACAUUCUUGGUCUUGUUUCCUUACUAAACGGAACCUUUUACUCGAACCUACCUUUUUUCUCGCCUCUCCUUUACUCUGAGACUUUACGACUUACGACUUUAACUUGUCUUAUAUAUUGUCUUUCUACUCUAAUAUCUACCUCCCUUUUCCCUCACAUUCAUAUAAUUAUUUUUGUUUAGAUAAUGUUGAUAAGAGGAUCGCGCAUGCGCAUGGUCUGACGUUGUAUCGCUUGAUCACUAAAUUAUCGGUCGCGAAGCAGCGUUCGGACGAUGGUUUUACUAAUGUCUUCUGUUGACCGCAAAACUUGCGGUGUGCCGAGCGAUAAAACUUAAACUACGUAGUGCGAGCGCGUGCUCGAUUAUAAGAUUCAUUGGAUUAUUGGAUGGACAAAAGUAUAAUCUAAAUGUGACGCGCGCAAAUACAUUGAUUUGUAUGUCAAUGUUUUUAUAAAUAUGAUAUAUAUUAAUUUUGUUUGGGUAGCAUCAUUCAUAUUUUUCAGCACGGUACAUUUAUACAUAACAGACUAUAUAGGACGUGAAAAGAAGAACGAAAGUUCAUGCUCUUUUCGACAACAGCUUCAAUAAGCGGCACGAAAGGAAUUCUGUGAUUAUUAAAGACUAGGCAGUGCGUCUCUUCUGGUCUACCAGCCUCUACAAAAUUAUUAUAAUCAUAAAGCGCUUUCAGAAUUCGGCAAUGCCGUAGACAAGAAUAAGUGCAAUUUUUAAGAAUAAACUGACCGUCGUCACCCAAGGAAAAAAGAAGGAAGGAAAGAAGAAAGAACGGAAUGGUCUUCGCACACAUGUGCCAUCUUUUCUUUACCGUAAAGAUACACACUUUUGUCGAAAUCGUGAGGAGACCGAGGUGAUAUGGCGAUACGACAACAAUAAUUGUGAAGAGUCGAGGUGCUGACGGAAGAUGAAGAGUAAUGGAACAGCGUGGCGAUCGAUAAUUAAAUUAUAAAUGUUGACGGGAGCGCACGCGAAAGAGAGAGAGUAAUAGUAGAAUGUAUGUGUGUGUGUAUGUGCGUGUAUAAUUGAGAGAGUUUUUCAGUCAGUUUUGCAUUUCUUAUCAUCGAAAUCAUCGUGAAGAUUGUUAACGUAGAUCACGCACGAGCGCGACUCCGCAUCCGCAAUAGUCUAUAAUCGGAGAAAAAAAUGCAAUGUCUGAAUCAGAGGGUCGCGUGUCCUCCGCGACUCCUCGGCGCGCUCGCUCGGAAUCUCGCCCCGACGUUUAACGUUACAUUUUUUAAUAAUGCGCACCUAUUUGUAGUAAAUAAUGUUCGUCAUAGUAGUAUUACGCGAUGUUGGUGUCUCGUUUAGCAUGGCCCGAGAUGGCAAUGGCGAUGAUGACGACGAAGGUAGCGCGAUCAUUCUGAUACAGACAUGGGCGAAGAGAUAGGUUUCGCGUGGCUGCGCUUCUGCGGUUUUGCUAUUUCCGACAAUUAGCGACGAAGUACUGACAAGUACAUCCCCUUGACCAGAGUCUUGUCGGAUAUGUAAUGUCACAAUCUUCAGGCUAUACAUAACAUAAAUAAAUAAAUAAAUAAAUAAGUAAAUAUAUAUAUAUUUAUAGGUGCGCGAUAUAUAAAUAUAUUUAUUUAUUUAUUUAUAUCUCUCUCGAUAUUCCGUUAUAGGUAUUAAACGCUACGUAGAAAAUAAUAAAGAUUCGAACCAUCGAAUUCUUUCUCUUUAUAAGUUAGUCUAGCAACGCAUUUUCGGAUUUUUGUCGAUAGUUGUCACGUCAUUGGCACUUUAGUAUUGUUAUAAAAGAAAGAAAAAUUGAUCAUUAAAUCUUAAAUCAGAAAUAUACAGGAUGGGGCUCUUUAUCACUUCUCUCUUCCUUGCGGCAGACAAUAGAAUAUUGCGUGUGUUUUAUAUGAUUCCGAAAGGAUUGCGAGACUGUUAUUAAAUCGGAAGAAUAAAUGUUAUGGUUUCUUACUUCAUCGCUUAUACCAUAUCGUAAUAAAUAAAAAUAAUUUAUUUAUAGUAGAUAGUACAUACAUAUAUAUAUAUAUAUAUAUAUACAUAUAAAAUGUUUAUGACAUCUUAUUAAGAUCAUGUGAAACACAUGCCAUGAAACGAAGCAUUUCGCGAUCGUUGCGAUCGCACUCUUGCUUCAUUAUCGACUCGUUUAACAUUUCGACUGCCACAGAAAUUACAUGCAGAUCGUUCCCGCGAUUUCUUGGAAAUCGUGGUUGGGAAUUCAGGUAUAGUUAAAGGCCUUACUUUCCGCUUGACAAUUAUAAGCGGCGAAUAAACAAAGAAUACGAGACUAAGAGUUAAACAGAAUGUAAGAUCUCAUUAUCCAUAUGCAAGUGCCAUAAAUCUUGAGAAAACGCAGUGGGUAUAUUCAUGAUGUGGCGAGCCGAGUGUUAAAAGGAUCAACACGAGGAAAUCCGGCGUUUAAUAUUUACGCAGAGCAUGUAAAAUUUUCGCAAAAGUGGCUCGUACUUUAUUUUAGCAUAUACGUCCGUUGAUUUAAACAAGGUCCAGAGAAAUACCGCAGUGGUAAUAAAAUAUUUCUCCUCUACGGUACGCAAUAAACAUGACAUGGUACAUGUCACUAAUAAUGGGAGAGACUUCAAAUAUUGAAGCGCCAGAGCCGCUUUAACUUUGUACACAUAUGUAGAGCAUGUAUUUAAAUGAGUAUAUUUGUAUGAGUAAGAGAGAGAGGGAGAGAGAGUCAUCAUCCUUCUUAUGUACAUUAAACGGUAGACUGUCUCUCAUAGUCAGUUUUAUUCUAACUUAAGGGCGGUUUAUACACACGCUCACGUAUACACUUGUACACACACUCAGUACUUUUUCACCAGUCAGUACAAUGUGUCGACAUACUCGAGAAAGAACGAGAGAGAAAAGAUGUUUUGCUCUGAACAAUAUAAUAUAAUAAUACUGGCAAUCGCAGAUUAUAUAUAUAUGUAUGUAUAUAUAUAACUUCCGAUUUUCGCCUACCACCUAUUAUAAAUGUUCUACACGUUCGCUCACACCGUUUGACUCCGCUACGUUCCUCGUUGCAAGUGCAUAUCCGUGUGUUCAAAAUACGUGUUCAAAGCCGCAGUUACGCGAGAUCAUCGCUUUACGUACAUGAAAGAGAGCUCUGCAAAUUUUUAGUGUGAAUGUUUCCGUUUUUAAGUAACUAUAUUAAUAAUAUUAAUAUUACUGAUAUAAAUAAUAAUAGUAAAGAUAAAUAACAAACGAAGAAAAAAAAGAUACGAAGAAGAUACAAAUAACUAUAACAAUGUAACAAUAAUUAGUGGAUGGCGGUUAAUGAGUUGUGAAUUUUUGUAGUAUACAUUUUUAUUUUGGUCUGCCAGGCCAGUUUGUGUGUACAACCAAUGAAAAUAACGUUACUGCGAUAAAGAAAGAAAAAAAAAAGAUAAUGUUAAAGGAAAAGUGAGAAAAAAGCAACAUCAAAUGUAAAACUUUUUGCAUUUAGUAUUAUAUAUAUAUAUGUAUGUAUGUGUGUGUGUGCGUGUGUGUGUAUUUAUAUAUACACAUAUGCAUACCUACCUAUGUACUACUAACUCCUAUUAUAACAUCUCUUUAUUUGUCGCAUAUAUACAUAUCUUGAUUUUCGCUCGAAUUUUAUUAGCUGGCUUCACACAUAUAAAAUCACCUCUCUUUAAUCGUCAUUACAAAAUUAACAGCCAACAGCAAAAUGUACGAUGAGGAUAAUGCACACAAUAUCCAUAAUCAUGUUUGCUUAAAUCAAGAUUUUUUGCUUGCGGCCAAAUCUUGUGAACGGAGACAGAUGUGCAAAUAAGAUUCUUACUAAGAUUC